AUGUCGCAGCCGCCGUCGAAACCUCAUGGAAAACCAGGGCCAGGAGGCAGCUGGACAACCAGGCCGAACACGUCUGGCCAGUAUAGGUCUCCUUCCCCUUUCAGUCCUACGAGCUCGCCUCAUCCUCAACGAGCUCGAGGACCGCCAACUCCGGUUCAUCAUGCUCAUCCUGCGUCCCCGUUGACGUAUACUGGAAUGAGGCACCCGAUGAGCCCAGUACCGAUUGGAAUGCCGAUUUCUCCUGGAAUAUCGCCUGUUUUCGGAUCGCCCACUGGAUAUAUACAGUGUCCAAGGCCCAGAUGGCCGUCACCGAUUCCAGUAGCAAGUCAAGCACCUAGGCCCUUUAUACCGACGCAGAGUUCGGUGGAAAGUGGCACAUCAUCGCCCUUGCUCGGUGGUCCACCGGAAUAUUUGAUUGGAACAUAUAAACCUGGCGAAUACGAAUAUGUUGGAGUGCCACUGGAUCACUCGCAAACGGAAGAGGAAUCCAGCGGACCCAGUACCGCGGAAAUAAUAGCUAACCAAAGUCAGGAUUACGUAGAUGAGAAGCUUGCUGAGUAUCAGGCUACGAUACAGCAGCUUCAGAGAAUUACUAAAUUAACAAAACUGUAA